AGAGACUCUCGCUCUUCUCCAUCCGUCACUCGUUCUGGAUUCAUCUCGUCCCAGUCGUAUCCUCAUUCUUCUUUUUUCUUCCUCCAUCUUUAUCCCUGUAACUCUUCAUCCCUCGUUCUCUCGAUCCAUCAGCUCGAAUUCCUCCUUUGAUCUACACAUCCACCAAUUCAGGUUCAUCUUCACUCCAUCCUCAUCCGUUCCUGACCUCACCUACUUUACCCCUCCUUGUCCAUCCAUGGCAUAGCUCGCGCAUCUUCCUGUUCCUCUCCUCCUCCUCCUCCUCCUCCUCCUCCUCCUCCCUCCUCCUCAAUCUCUCUCUUUUCCCUUUCCUGGAUUCCAGUGAAAUCGUGAUUUGUCCCUCGUUCAUUGGAGGCAUUGGUGAUUACCAUAGCUUUGCCUUCUGUCAACUACCGCCCGCACCCACCGCUCUCCCGGCCUCGAUCAAUCCGACUAGUUGGACGUCGACAACUCGUGUCCCGCCCUCGAAAUCGCCCUCACGUGCCUUCGAUCGUCACCCAUCCCCAUGUCGUCCGAGCACCCGCCCCCCAUUGCGGGGCCUGGAAACAAGGCGGAUCUCCUCGUGGUCGGACCUAAUGCAAUCAUUCCCGAUCCCUUGUCUGUUGGAACCCCCCCAGAAGUCACGGAUGCCGAGUCCCCCGUCACUCCCACCCAGGCUACUCAUGGCAUCGGAUCGGGCAGUGACCUCCUACGUAGCCUGAGUCUCACGGGAGAACCGGCGGUGCUGGAAGCAGAUCCCCGGGAACAAUACCCGGGUCUCCACCUCACGGGGCGCAUCAUCAGUGCCGCCUUUUGCAUACCCUACAAAGUUUACUGUCGUCCUGGAGGGAAUUGGGAAUUGAAACCCCGUUCGGGAACGUCCGCGCUGUUUGACUCCUUCGCUUAUCUCGGUUCGGAUGAGACGAGGUGGUCGCAUACGCUUGUUGGCUGGACCGGCGAGGUUGAACCGACCUAUGAGGCUACGGUCCCGUUGCAGCAAGCACCGCUAAACACCAGCGGCGCGAAAGCCCCCAGCCCGGCUGAAGGGGUGGCUCUCAACCGGGCUGCGGCCCCGGUGCCCGUCGAUGUCAAUAACCGCCCACCCAGCCAUCCUCUCGCUGGGGGCUUUACGGUCGGCCCGGAGGAUCGCGCCCGACUGGAUAAGCAACUGAGCUCGGGUCGCUAUGGGAAAAUCUCCCCGGUGUGGUUGUCGGACGGGUCGGAUGGGCCGGAGGAUUCGUUCGCCCUGGAGGACCAAGGGAGGUGGCGGCGCUACGCCGAGCGGGAGCUGUAUCCCCUGCUCCACUACAAGCAGCACGGCCCCACCGAUGGCCGUUCGGAGCGCCGGUGGUGGGCGGAUUAUGUGCGCAUGAACCGGUGCUUUGCGGACCGCAUCGCCCAGGAGUACCGUCCAGGGGACAUCGUUUGGAUCCACGACUACCAUCUCUUCCUCCUGCCGAGCAUGCUGCGGCAACGGAUCCCAAACGCCCACAUCGGCUUCUUCCUCCACGCCCCGUUCCCCAGUAGUGAAUUCAUGCGGUGUCUCUCCAAGCGGAAGGAGGUCCUGACCGGCGUGCUGAGCGCGAACAUGAUCGGCUUUCAGACCUUUUCCUAUUCGCGCCACUUCUCCUCCUGCUGCACCCGCGUCCUGGGCUUCGACUCCAAUUCGGCCGGUGUCGAUGCCUAUGGCGCCCAUGUGGCUGUCGAUGUGUUCCCCAUUGGCGUAGAUGCCAAGGCGAUCCAGCGCGUCGCAUUCGGCUCUCCGGACAUCAAUUCCACGGUCGAGGGCAUCCGGGGCUUGUAUGCCGGCAAGAAGAUCAUCGUGGGCCGGGACCGGCUGGACAGCGUCCGGGGCGUCACCCAGAAGCUCCAGGCCUUUGAGGCGUUCUUGGAGCGGUUCCCCGAAUGGCGCGACAAGGUGGUGCUGAUCCAGGUGACCAGUCCCACCAGUGUGGAGGAAGAGAAGGAAGAGACCAAGAUUGCCAGCCAGAUCUCCAACCUGGUCUCCACCAUCAACGGCCGGUUCGGCUCCCUGAGCUUCUCCCCGAUCAAGUACUACCCGCAGUAUCUCUCGCAGCGCGAGUAUUUUGCCCUACUCCGGGUCGCGGACGUCGGCCUGAUCACCACCGUCCGCGACGGCAUGAACACGACCAGUCUCGAGUACAUCAUCUGCCAGCAGCACAAGCACAGUCCGCUGAUUCUCUCCGAAUUCUCCGGUACCGCGGGGACGCUAUGCAACGCCAUCCACAUCAACCCGUGGGACACCGCCGGCGUGGCCGGGGCCAUCAACCAGGCCCUGACGAUGCCCGCCGAGCAGAAGGAAGCGCAGCAUUCGAAGCUGUACAGGCACGUGACGACGAACACGAUCUCCGCCUGGUCGCAGCAGUUUGUCACCCGCCUGCUGACCAACCUCUCUUCCUUUGAUCAGUCCGUGGCCACGCCGGCCCUCGACCGGACGAAGCUGGUGCGGCAGUACCGGAAAGCGCGCAAGCGGCUGUUCAUGUUCGACUACGACGGCACGCUCACGCCGAUUGUCAAGGACCCGCAGGCGGCGAUCCCGUCCGAUCGCGUCUUGCGCACCAUCAAACGCCUGGCGGCGGAUCCGCGGAACGCGGUGUGGAUCAUCAGUGGCCGGGACCAGGCCUUCCUGGACGAGUGGAUGGGGCACAUCCCCGAGCUGGGGCUGAGCGCGGAGCACGGCUGCUUCGUGCGGAAGCCGGGCUCAGACGACUGGGAGAACCUGGCCGAGCGAUCCGACAUGGGCUGGCAGAAGGAGGUCCUCGAGGUCUUCCAACACUACACGGAGCGGACGCAAGGCUCCUUCAUCGAGCGGAAGCGCGUGGCGCUCACGUGGCAUUACCGGCGGGCGGACCCGGAGUACGGGGCGUUCCAGGCGCGCGAGUGUCGCAAGCAGCUGGAGGAAACGGUGGGGCGGAAGUGGGAUGUGGAGGUCAUGGUCGGCAAGGCGAAUCUGGAGGUGCGACCGACGUUUGUCAACAAGGGGUUCAUUGCCACGCGGCUGGUGAACGAGUACGGGACGGGGCCGGGACAGGCACCCGAGUUUAUCUUCUGUUCGGGAGAUGAUUUCACCGAUGAAGAUAUGUUCCGCGCGCUGCAGACUUUCGACCUCCCGUCUGACCAUGUCUUUUCGGUCACGGUCGGUGCCAGCUCGAAGCAGACUGCGGCGAGCUGGCAUCUGCUGGAACCAGCGGACGUGAUUGAGACGGUUUCGAUGCUCAACCACAGCUUCUCCGGGCAGGAUCAUUGAGGAUUUUCCAGCUUGUUUACUUCUAUCGCCCCGCACUCUACCCUAUCUCAAGCACGACAUUUUGAUGCGGGGACUCCAUGAUCAAGCCCGUCAAUCACCUUCAUCUCGGCUAAGUCUGAUAACCUCCUGUAUCACCGGAAAAGACGGGAGAGUGUGGAGAGGGAACGUCCUGUCGUUGCGGGUCUUGCGAGAACCACGAGCGUGCAUUGAGCUUGGGCAUGGACGUGGACGUGACAUGAUUUGAUUUCGGGCCAAGACGGCGAAAGGCACAGUGCCGUGGUAUCGGGUGGUUUAAAUUCCUACGAUGCUGCUAUAGCCGUAAUCAUAGUCAGAAUCCGGCCUCUUCUCGCCUUUUCACCUCCAUACCUGCACAUGGAAGCUGUCAUCAUCCGGAGACUGUUUU